AUGAGUGGGAUCGCAAGUGCUUGUCUAUCCUGUCUCUCGACCGUUGACCGCUGGUGUCACAUCACCGCUUGUCUGGGGCCUAUCGGCGGUCGCUCGAGGGAUGGAAUUUACGAAACAACCUUGGCAGAUAAUGAACGGGAGGCAGUAUCCGACUUGUUAGGCUACCUCGAAAACAGAGCCGAGACCGAUUUCUUCACGGGCGAACCGCUUCGCGCGUUAAGUACCUUGGUAUACUCCGAUAAUGUCGACCUCCAACGAAGUGCUAGUUUGACAUUUGCUGAAAUUACCGAGCGAGAUGUGCGCGAAGUCGAUCGGGAUACCCUUGAACCCAUCCUUUUCCUCUUACAAAGUUCAGAUAUCGAAGUACAACGAGCAGCGAGCGCUGCGCUAGGAAACCUCGCUGUGAAUGCGGAUAACAAGGUGUUGAUCGUCGCCCUCGGAGGGCUGGCCCCUCUAAUACGACAGAUGAUGUCGCCCAACGUCGAGGUCCAAUGCAAUGCUGUCGGUUGUAUUACAAAUCUAGCUACCCACGAGGACAACAAAGCUAAGAUCGCUCGCUCGGGUGCUCUGGGGCCAUUAAUUCGCCUGGCAAAAUCUAAGGAUAUGCGCGUGCAACGGAAUGCUACGGGUGCACUGUUGAACAUGACACACUCCGAUGAUAACCGACAGCAACUGGUCAAUGCUGGUGCGAUUCCUGUCUUGGUUCAAUUGCUUUCUUCCUCCGAUGUUGACGUGCAAUACUACUGUACGACCGCUCUCAGCAAUAUCGCCGUUGACGCGUCAAAUCGAAAACGACUCGCACAAACCGAGUCGCGGUUGGUACAGUCGCUGGUUCAUCUCAUGGAUUCCUCCACCCCCAAGGUCCAAUGCCAGGCUGCGCUGGCGCUUCGUAAUUUGGCUUCGGACGAAAAAUACCAGCUCGAAAUCGUUCGCGCGAAAGGCCUUCCCCCGCUCCUACGCCUCUUGCAAUCCUCUUACCUUCCCCUCAUACUCUCCGCUGUCGCGUGCAUUCGCAACAUCUCCAUCCACCCACUAAACGAAUCCCCGAUCAUUGAUGCGGGCUUCUUGAAGCCGUUGGUGGACUUGCUUGGCUCGACGGAUAAUGAAGAGAUCCAGUGCCACGCUAUCUCCACGCUUCGAAAUCUCGCCGCAAGUUCGGACCGUAACAAGGAGCUUGUCCUCCAAGCCGGCGCAGUCGAGAAAUGCAAGGACCUGGUCCUGAAGGUUCCCCUCAGCGUCCAGUCGGAGAUGACUGCCGCCAUCGCUGUCCUGGCACUUAGUGAUGAGCUCAAACCUCACCUUCUCAAUCUCGGCGUUUUCGACGUCUUGAUUCCUCUGACGGAGUCCGAAAGCAUCGAGGUGCAAGGGAAUAGUGCCGCAGCCCUGGGCAACUUGUCCUCUAAAGUCGGCGACUAUUCGAUAUUUGUCCGGGAUUGGGCAGACCCCAAUGGAGGAAUCCACGGCUAUCUCAAGCGGUUCCUCGCCAGCGGAGACCCUACGUUUCAACACAUUGCCAUCUGGACUCUACUUCAACUGCUGGAAUCAGAAGACAAGAGGCUGAUCAGCUACAUUGCGAAGUCCGAUGAUGUUGUGCAGAUGGUCAAGUCCAUCUCGGACAAAAACAUCGAGUCCGACGAGGAGGAUCAAGAAGAUGGCGAGGGCGAGGUAAUUGCGCUGGCACGACGAUGCCUCGAGUUUCUUGGGACCGGCCCCCGACAAACGCUUGUAGAAGGCUAA